AUGGAUCCCAUGGAUCCGACAACCUACACAGAUCCCCAGUUGACCCUACAGGAUCGACUGGUGAUCGAUGCCCUGAUCAACGAGCCAGCCUCAAUAAGCGAAGCCAAAACAUCGCAUGAGAAACUAUCACAAAAGCUCUAUGACAUGAACAAUGUUUCCCAUUCGACAUUCGAUCCAACAGUCUUCCAGCUAUGGGAUAACUCAUUAUUACAUGAUAAACUGCCCGCUCCGGUGCACCGCUAUGUACUACAGCCUUACAUGAAAUGGGCUCAAGGCGUCGUCCGCUUCCCAACAGAUGUGGUCAUGCUAACACAUCUUAUCCUGUACUUCACGACGCUGGUGCCCAGCGGCAUCUAUCUUUUUUACAAUUUCUCCUGGUGGCGUGGUGUGCUCCACUGGGCUAUGCAGUUGUUCUACUGUGGUGCCUUUACGCUGAUGAAGCAUCAGCAUAUCCAUAUGGGCGGUGUCCUUGCGCCUCAGUAUUGGAUCUUCGAUACGCUUUUCCCUUAUGUGCUUGAUCCUUUGCUUGGCCAUACGUGGAACUCAUAUUUCUACCACCAUAUCAAGCAUCACCAUGUCGAAGGCAAUGGUGCUCAAGAUCUGAGUACAACGAUGUUCUAUGACAGAGAUAGUGUCGCUGACUUUGCGUGCUAUGUCGGUCGAUUCUUCUUCUUUAUUUGGGCUGAGUUGCCGCGUUACUUCUGGAGCAAGGGACAGAAAAAGUAUGCGUGCAAGGUUGCUUUCUGGGAACUGAGCAACUAUCUUUUCAUCUACCUGCUCUAUAACUACGUGAACGCCCGCGCCACUCUUUUCGUGUACAUCCUUCCGCUUACCGUCAUGCGAAUUGGUUUGAUGGUGGGAAACUGGGGACAACAUGCAUUUGUGGAUCCAGCUGAUCCAGACUCGGAUUAUCUUUCAAGUAUCACUUUGAUCGACGUGCCGAGUAACCGCUUUUCUUUCAACGAUGGGUACCACACUUCGCAUCAUCUUAACCCUCGUCGUCACUGGAGAGAUCAUCCUGCGGCAUUCAUCAAGCAGAAGGAUCGCUAUGCUGAGGAGCGCGCUCUUGUGUUCCGGAAUGUGGAUUACAUCUUCAUUACGGUGAACCUGCUGCGCAAGAACUAUAUCCAUUUGGCGAAAUGCCUUAUCCCGAUUGGAGAUCAGGUCAAUAUGACCCUUGAGGAGCGAGCGGAGAUGCUGCGGACUCGGACGCGCCGUUUCCGUCAUGCGGAUAUCAAGAAGAGCUCUUGA